AUGUGUGAGGUGAAUGUUGCACUGGGGCCAGGGCGUCGCUCUCGGACGACGUCGGAAUCGUCUAACCACUCGUCGGACGUGAGCGGAGCAGCUCAAUCGUCAAUCAGGGCUCCCCACCACCACCCCCCAUCCCAGAGGCCCCGCCCACACAGGAACGCUCCCAAGAAAUCCAAGAAAGAGUCACCCAAAAAGGGUGGCGGCGGUGGAUGGUUCACUUGGCUUACCUCAAAGAAGACCGAAGCCCACCUCCCUGACGACAAACACAAAGCUAUCGUUUGGGACGAAAAGAAGCAGAGAUGGGUGAACCAAGAUGAGCCAGAAGAGGAGUAUAAGCCCCCUCCCCCACCCCCAUCCAGUUUCCCCAAGAUGGCUCCAGCGCAUGGGCCAAUGCCUGGAGCGGGGCCGGGUGCCGGGCCGCCUGUUAACAUGUUCUCCAGGAGAGCUGUGAGGGUCACACUUUCAUGA